AAUGCCGUUAUACCACACUGAAUGCACUCCAUUCCGUUAUAUUUUUCCAAUUCCUCCUCCUCAAUUUCAAUAAGAAGAAAGUUGUUGUACUGUGUUGAAGUGUUUUGUCAAUUUACUUUUCUCGAACAUAAAGAAAAGAAAUCCAACAAAAAAUUUUAAUUUCGUGAUAAUUUUUUGCCUUGUCCGAGAGAACAAAAGCUUUUCUACAAAAAAAAAAAAAAUAUAUAAAAUGGUUUCCAUUUUACGCUUGCAAAAGAAUACCGCCUCGUCAAUGUUGUAUCGUCAUUUAAGAAGAGAUUCGCAGUUAUUAGCCAGUCAAACAAACAAUUUGCGUUUAAUGCAACAAAAUAUUAUGAAAUUGCAUUGUUCGAAUGCUACCAAUAUAAUAUCAACAACAUCAACAACAACUACAACUCAACGAUCAACUACUACUACCUCCACGCAUCUAUUUUUAGCUCCAAUAACCAGUGAACAAUUGGACAAGUGGCGCAAGGAAUUCUAUAGCGAGCCAAAAAAUCUACUCGCACAAAAUGUCUGUUCUAGAGGUGAUCCCUUUGAGGCGGCUUUGUCACGUCCAGUCUUACAAUGUACCAAUCAUGUUUUCACUCAUAAGGUGGAGAAUGAAGCUAAGCCUGUUACAAACCAAAAAAGCUCAGGAAGGUGCUGGUUAUUUGCAGCACUGAAUUGUAUUCGUGUUCCAUUUAUGAAAGCUCUUACUCUGGAUGAAUUUGAAUUCUCCCAAGGGUAUCUUUUCUAUUGGGACAAAAUUGAGAGAUGUAAUUAUUUCUUGAAUAAUAUUGUUAAAACGGCAGAGCGAGGUGAAAAAGUUGAUGGUCGUUUGGUUUCAUUUUUAUUGAAUGAUCCAACAUGUGACGGUGGACAAUGGGAUAUGUUAGUUAAUCUCAUCACAAAACACGGCCUUAUGCCAAAGAAAUGCUUUCCAGAAAGUUAUAGUAGCGAAGCUAGUAUGCGUAUGAAUGCCAUUCUCAAAAGUAAACUAAGAGAGUAUGCCAAAAAUUUGAGGGAUCUUCAUGCUACCAGUCCACCAGAAGGUGCCCUUCAAGCAGCCAUUCAAACAAUGAUGGGUGAAAUUUAUAAAAUUGUUGGCAUUUGUUUGGGUAUACCACCAGAGACAUUCACAUGGGACUAUUAUGAUAAGAGUAAGAAUUUCUUUACUGUUGGUCCAAUAACACCACUUGAAUUUUACAAUCAACGUGUUAAACCAAUAUUUAAUGUUGAAGACAAGGUAUGCCUUGUACAUGAUCCACGUCCAACAAGUAGUUAUGAUACUGCCUAUACAGUAGAUUGUUUAGGAAAUGUUGUUGGUGGUCGUCCAGUUUUGUAUAACAAUCAACCAGUUGAGCUUUUAAUGGAAGUUGUAACAGAGAGCUUGAAGAAGGGUGAACCUGUUUGGUUUGGCUGUGAAGUAAGCAAACGAUUUGCUUCGAAACAAGGCAUUGAGGAUUUAGCGAUACACGAUUUUAAAUUAGUAUUUGAUGUUGACAUCCAAAUAACUCUUCCUAAAGCCGAUCGUCUUUUAUAUGGUGAAUCAGCAAUGACUCAUGCUAUGGUCUUUACUGCAGUAUCUGUUGAUGCCAAGGGCAACCCAACCAAAUUUCGCGUUGAAAACUCCUGGGGUGAGGAUCGUGGCGAGAAGGGAUAUCUUGUUAUGACGGCUGAUUGGUUCAAAGAAUUCGGCUUUGAAGUUGUCGUCGAUAAAAGUGUUGUUCCAAAGGAAACUCUAAAAGUAUUUGAUAUGAAACCAAUAGUGCUUCCAGCGUGGGAUCCAAUGGGAACUCUUGCUCAGUAAAAACAACAACAA